AGGGACUCACACUCAAUCUCGCCCAUAUCGUUUUGGUUCACUUUGCGUGAUGAUCCCAAAACCGAACAUGAGUUUAGGUUAAAUUUUAAUUCCAUAGUAAUUUAACGAUCAGACCUCGCAACAUUUGCCGCGCUCUCCACUUUACAAGUAUGUGACUUGUCUCCAGUGGCAACAUUUUAAAUCCCCGGUUUUACUCGCAAAAGCAGCACUAGGUGACUAAUUUUAGAGUGUGCAAGUUUUGUCAACGGCAUUUAAUCAAGAUGGGGACGCUCUUAGUAAUUACAACUUUCUUGACGCUUUUCUGCACAAUGCAUACGGUUCACGCGGAUGCCGAGGCAGAUAUUCCAAUACCGGAUUUAGAGAGCAGCUCUCCCGAUUUAGAGAGCAGCUCUCCCGAUUCAAAGAACUCCGAAGCGGAGUCCCAGUCCGUCUUGGAUCUCCUUAAUGAGGGGGAAGAGAAGUUGGUAACCGGAUAUUACAAGGACGCGGUACUGGUUCUCGGGAACACAGGCUCGGGGAAGAGCACCCUGACUCAGUUCAUCACCGGGAAUGACCUUAACAUGACCUCGUACGAGACCGAGGAGGGAACGGGUGACUACGUAAUCCAGGACACCUCCGGUAGGAUCAGCAACGGAUCCGCCACCAUGUCAUGGACGAUCUACCCCGAGGCAAUGCUGGAUAGGAAAUCCGGAACGAUAUUCUUCGACUGUCCCGGGUUCAGCGAUACCAGGAGCGUUGCUCACGACAUCGCGGCCACCUACUUCACGAAAAAGACGAUCGAGAACAUCGGAAGAGUCAAACUGCUUUUCACCGUGGGCUAUUCUGCAGUUAGGAUCGGGCAGGACAGGAAUGACUUCAUGGAGCUCGCCGAACACGCCGUCACCAUGGUCAAAAAUCUCGACAAGCUCCAGGACAGCAUCGCGCUUGUGGUCACCAAAGUUGAGAAUCACAAAUCUGGAGGGAAAACUGUGUCCGACGCGAAAAUCAUCCAGUCCGUCGCCGGGUAUUUGACGAAGGCGAAGAGUGAACUUCAGCGAAAAAUUCAAAGCACGAGUAUGUCGACGGAAAGGGAACAACUGCUUGCGGCCGUUAUUAGAUUCAUCGGAGUACUCUUGCAGAAAGAUGGCAAUACGUAUUCGAGGCUAGGUAUUUUCAGGAAACCGGACGAUGUUGGUCCCCUUCAAUCGGUCCAUUCACUACGGGAGAGUAAGAAGCCCCUGGAAAGAAUUAUCCACCAGAAUAUCGCGUUUACAGCACACGAGGUGAAAGAUUUUGGCUACACGAUUUCUUCCAAUUCUAAGACUGUCAUACACGAAUUGGUUGAGAAAAUUAAAGACAACAUGGCCUCAGAUGUUUCACGGUUGAAACGAGAGAUGGAAGAGCUAUUCCUUUCUUGUGAAAAGACAGCAAGUGAUGUUCUAGGCUUGAAAAAUACAUUCCAGCGAGCGUAUGAAGCACUUUCUGGGACGUGUCAAAACGUGACGAGACCUCAGGAUUUUGUCAAACGUCUCAUCAGGAACACGAGAAUUUUGAACAUCUCUUUGUCGCAAGGCCCAAUUACAAAUAUUGAAAAACAGAGUCGAUACCUAGAAUUCUUCUUAAAUUUCGGCGCACGAGAAAUUCUACCUUUAGAAUAUGCUCAAGACUUCCCAAACUUACUGGAAUAUUUGAGCUCAACUGAAAAUUAUUACAAGGUUUUAGUGUAUCUGUCCAAUGCGUUGACAAAUUGUGAUUUGACCAUCGCGGAUAACAUCGAAAGGGUCGUAUCUUUCGCAAAAAUCCCCUACGACCAAUCAGAUUUCUCGAGAAAAGAACGGAAACGAAUUGUAGAGCUUAUGUUCGCAAGUAUAUCGCUGCCACAAAAAGACCAAGAUAUCCUCCAGACGGAGUACACAAAAAUUAGAGACAUAGAGUUUAACGAGCCUAAAUUGAAGAAACUGGAGCAAAUCUGGAAUGCGGUGGAGCUGACGAAAAUGGAUUUGUUCUGCGACCUAACCGGGAGGCGAGUAACGAUGCAGAGUAGCUGCUUGCGGCUGAGCAAUUUCAUCAAUACCCUCGAUAAUUUAUGCCCGAGGGCAAAAUUCAUAGAGAUUUUUGCCUUGGAGAAAGUUUUCAUCGAUUCCGAUCUGAAGCUAACUGGACGAGAGGCUCAAGUCUCGAUCAUAGCGCCUGUAUUGGAGGUUGUGGGGGCCCGGGAAAUCGUGCUGAACGGCCUUGAUGGGAACAGAACGUACUCACAGCAAAAAGCAGGACGGACCAAAGAACUUGUUAAUCAAACAGGGUAUAUUAGAUCCACUGGUUUAGGAGCGUAUGGCCCAACAUCCCGCACAGUUUACACGGAGACAGGAGAAAAUGGCGCCGAUGGGGCGGACGGCUCCCCCGCCGGAAGCUUUCUCGGCAUCGCAGAGAGGAUUAUCAACGGGAGGUUGCUCCACAUUUUCUCCAUCGGGGGCACGGGGGGGCCCGGCCAAGAUGGCGGCGACGGCGGGGCAGGCGCCGCGGGAACCACCCCGGAGUGGGGCAUGAUCUCGGAAUCUGACAACCUCGUGUCCGACAGUCACUGCUGGGAUGACACAGGGUUUUGGGCCACUAUCGGCACCAAAAGCUUCGACGUUCAUUGCUCCGUCAGCGGUUUCAACUGCAUCGAUGGAGGCGACGGCGGAGAUGGUGGAGCGGGGGGGAUGGGCGGUAGAUCCGGCCAAGUUGUCCUCAUCGGCAAUGGUCAAGAUGGGAUCUCCCGCACUGUCCUCAAUGGGGAACCUGGCAGGGCUGGAACCGGUGGGCACGGUGGAACAGCCGGCCCGCGAGGAAAGCUCCGCAUUUUCCGCGUUUAUGAGUGGAUUCUUGGGGUUCGCCCUAAGAUCGAGACGAGGGGGCAGUCGGACCUCAAGGACUGUUCGGCCGGGGAGAACGGUUCGUCCGUCCUUUCAAAGGCUCCACUUUCUCCCGCGGAGGAGAAUAAGCUCUCGCCCGGAAUAACCGUCGAUAGGUACAAAGAAUUCCUGCGAGGGAAUUUGAAUUCCAGUUUGAUAUCCACCAACCUGAGUAAAUUCCUGGGAGAGACCUUGGAGGGCGACAAGGCAGUUAAGGAUCUUUACGGCUAUAGUUUACGGCCCUGAAGCCGCAGCAGCUGCGAUACUGGAGCCGUAAUGCUAGAAUUGUCUUUAAAUUUUUCAUUUCCAUGGCUGAAGAGCAAAAUCUUUAUUGCGGCCUUUCAAAAUUUCCGCGCCUUCGAAGAGAAAUAACCUCACUUCUCAGACAGCAACUUAUACAGAAUAUUCAGCUGGCAGAAGAAACAUCAAGGCAGUGUUCAGGGAAUUUUAAAGAUAUCAGGAUACUACGUUUCAUGAAAAUCUUAAUUUAUUAAGCAUUAUGAACAAGUAAGAAAUAUAUGAAUUAAGUACUUUGAACGAA